UUUUUAAAAAAUUUUUUUCUGUUUUUCAUAAGUUUGUAUAAUGCCACCACCAACGUUUAAAAGGCGAUAUCGGGACGAGGACGAAUAUCUUCCAGCUGGCUCUUCUAGACCAAAUAAAAAAAAAAGUAAAAUAUCGUCAAAGAAAUCUAAUUCGGCUACGCCGAAUCAUAACUCGGAAGAUGAAAAUGACUUGUCAAGAGAGGCAUUGAUCCCAAGAAGUGCUGUCUUUGAUAUCGACUCUCUCAAGACUUCGACUCAUGUUAAUAUUCCUCGAGAUUCUGUAUCAAAAUAUUUUGGAGAAGACGAUUUUUCUUAUAUAAAAUUAAAAAAAGAUCAUGCUAAUAGACCGUUAUGGAUAAAUCCAACGACUGGUCAUAUUAUUCUUGAAGGAUUUUCACCUUUUGCAGAAAAGGCUCAAGAUUUCUUAAUUACAAUUAGCGAACCUGUGAGCAGACCAUCUCACAUACACGAAUAUAAAUUGACGCCUUAUUCAUUAUACGCUGCAGUCUCUGUAGGAUUAGAGACAGAAGCUAUAAUAGAUGUGUUAAAAAUCUUGUCAAAGAUUGAAAUUCCCGAAUCAAUUAUGGAACUUAUUAGGACAUGUACAUUAUCUUAUGGCAAAGUAAAACUUGUACUUAAACACAAUCGAUACUUUGUUGAAUCAUCAUAUGCAGAUAUAUUACAAAAAUUAUUACAAGACAAAGAUAUUUCUGAAGCUCGUGUAGUAAAUAGUGAAGGGUCUGAUGAGGGAUUUCUAAGGAAUAAGGCACCAACAGGCAAAGAUCUAAUAAUUUCUGGUAAAAAAGAACAGGAAAAAGAAACAGAUGCAGAUGGAAAAAACAAAGAACCUGAAACGGAAGAUGAUAACAUAUUUAAUGCAGUGGUACAAAUUGAUAAGGAGGACGAAGAGGAGGAAGAAGAUGAAGUACAUUCCUUUGAAAUUAAAUCAGAGAAAUUUGAGGUUGUGAAAAAACGUUGUAUUGAACUUGAUUAUCCCAUGUUGGAAGAAUAUGAUUUUCGUAAUGAUUCAACUCUUCCACCACUUGAUAUUGACCUUAAACCAAUAACGGUGAUUCGUCCUUAUCAAGAAAAAUGUUUGAGUAAGAUGUUUGGUAAUGGACGUGCAAGAUCCGGAAUUAUAGUGUUACCUUGUGGUGCAGGUAAAACACUCGUUGGUAUAACGGCUGCUUGCACUAUUAAGAAAAGUUGUCUUGUAUUAUGUACUUCUGCUGUAUCCGUAAUGCAAUGGAAACAACAAUUUAUGACAUGGUCAAAUAUUAAAGAAAGUCAGAUUGCUGUGUUUACAUCAGACAUGAAAGAAAAGUUCUCUGGUCAAUCUGGUAUAGUAAUAUCCACCUACAGUAUGGUAGCUAAUACUAGAACGAGAUCUUAUGAUGCUGGAAAGAUGAUGGAGUUUAUAACAGGAAGGGAAUGGGGAUUUAUAUUGUUAGAUGAGGUGCAUGUUGUACCUGCUAAUAUGUUUAGAAAAGUAGUUACAACAAUUGCAGCUCAUACAAAACUUGGCCUUACAGCAACUUUGGUUCGUGAAGAUGACAAGAUUGGUGAUUUAAACUUUUUAAUUGGACCAAAAUUAUAUGAAGCCAAUUGGAUGGAUUUGGCUUCAAAAGGACAUAUUGCCAAUGUUCAAUGUGCUGAAGUUUGGUGUCCAAUGACUCCAGAGUUUUAUGCGCAAUAUCUUAAAGCUUCUUCAAGAAAACGAAUGUUAUUAUAUGCUAUGAAUCCUAAUAAAUUUCAGGCGUGCCAAUAUUUGAUUCGUUUCCAUGAGGACCGUGGUGAUAAGAUUAUUGUCUUUUCGGAUAAUGUAUAUGCACUGGAGAAAUAUGCAAGAGAAUUGAAAGUACCAUUUAUUCAUGGUAAAACUAAACCACCAGAACGUAUGUACAUUCUUAGUUUGUUUCAACACGACCCGAAGGUGAACACAAUCUUCUUGUCAAAGGUCGGUGAUACGUCUAUUGAUUUACCGGAGGCUACUUGUCUUAUACAAAUUUCGUCCCAUUAUGGUUCUAGGCGUCAGGAAGCACAACGUUUAGGACGUAUUCUUCGUGCUAAACGUCGUAAUGAUGAAGGGUUUAAUGCUUUCUUUUACUCUCUUGUAUCAACGGAUACACAAGAAAUGUUUUAUUCAACAAAAAGACAACAAUUUUUAAUUGAUCAAGGAUAUGCAUUUAAAGUGAUUACAAAGCUUGAGGGAAUGGAUAAAGCUACAGAUUUGGUUUAUAGAACUCAUGGUGAACAAUUGUCAUUACUAUCAGAUGUUUUAUUAGCGAAUGAUCAUGAUGCAGAUUUAGAUAAUGAUAUUGAAUCGAAUGCCGAUGAUUUACCUGGUGUUGUUACGAGCAGAAAUUUCACAUCGCAACAAAAGGGAUAUGGAGGUGUUAAACGAUCUGUUGGUAGUAUGAAAAGUUUAUCAGGAGCCGAUGAUAUGGCAUAUAUGGAAUUUUCUCACGGAAAUAGCAGUAGUACAAAGACUAUGAAAAAGGUUGAUAAAAAGACUCAAGCAAAAGAUCACCAUCCUUUAUUCAAAAAACAAUGGUUAAGGAAUAGAUAGGGUAGUUGAAUUACUUGAAUAGUAUUUUUUUUUUUUUUUUUAGUAAAAUGUUCUUAAUGAGAAUAUUCUACAAAUGAUAAUAUUAAAUAGCUAUUAAAUGUAUUACAAAAAUUCAGUGUUAAUCCAAUAAUAAAUAUAUUUUUUUU